AUGUUUAGAAGUUGUGAUGUUUUGCCAAAUGUGCCAUACAGCAACGUUGGGAUCCUUAACUCGGUGAAGUUUGCUACUGUGGUGGCGGGUGCUUCAAAUCGAUCAACCAAGCCGCCAGCAAGGAGCCCCCCACAGAUUCCUCUCCCAUCAAACAAGGUGCCAAGAAGCACCCUCGGUUUGCCCUUGUCCGGCCCUCUGGAGAUCGAAGAAGUGAAGAACGAGUUUCGAGAGUCAGCACUGAAAUGGCAUCCAGACAGAUCACAUCAGGGUGAUUCCCAGGCCGCUGCUGGUUUAUGA